AUGAUUACUAAUUUUAUUUUUGUUUUAAUAUGUUGUAAAGAUGUAUCAAGUAAACAUAAGGUUUGUUCUUAUUGCAAUAAGCCAAUUAAUGAAGAAUUAUGGUGUAAUGAAUGUGAUCCUCACUAUAUGAUUGAAGGAUGGACUAGCGAAAAUUCAAAAGUUGAUAAAUUUAUUAAAGAUUCAAUUUAUAAUGCAAGAAGUAUAGAUGGUAAUCCUAUAUUUCUUGAAUGGGUAUUAUAUAACAGGUUUGUUGAUAUAAAGUUAAUAAGUGAAGGUGGAUUUUCCAAAGUAUAUUCAGCAACAUGGUUAGAUGGUAAGUCGGAAUAUGAAGAACUAAAUAAUGGUAGCUGGAAAAAAUUAGAUUCUAAACCCAUGAAAGUUGCAUUGAAGAAGUUAAAUGGAUCACAGAAUAUAUCAGAUAAAUAUUUAAAUGAGCUUAAAAUAUGUUGGAAUAUUUAUUUAAAAAGUCAUUAUUUAAGUUUCUAUGGAAUGACUAAAGAUCCAAUAACUAAUGAAUUUAUAAUGAUAUUAGAAUUUGCAAAUAAUGGAAGUUUAAGGAAUAUUCUUUCCUAUAAUUUUAAUAAUAUGUUAUGGAAAGAUAAAAUUAAAUUAUUAUAUAAUUUGGCUAUUGAUCUUAAAAAUAUGCAUGAGUUAGGAUAUUUUCAUAAAGAUUUUCAUAGUGGUAAUAUUUUACAAAAUAAAAAUAAUUAUUACAUUUCAGAUUUUGGAUUAUCUGGAAAAGCUAAUGAACAAAAAUCUGAUAGUAAGAUAUAUGGUGUCUUACCAUAUAUUGCCCCAGAAGUUUUAGAUAAAGAUCCAUAUACACUAUCUUCUGAUAUUUAUAGUUUUGGAGUAAUUAUGGCCGAAUUGUCAUCUGGAAAACCACCUUUUUAUGAUAGAAAGCAUAAUUUAAGUUUAGCAUUAGAUAUAUGUAAUGGACUCAGGCCAGAAUUUGAAAAGGGAACACCUGAAAUUUAUAAGAAAUUGGCUUAUAGAUGUAUGAAUGCUGAUCCAAAUCAAAGACUAAAAGCAAGUGAAUUAAUGAAGAUAUUAGUGUUUUGGUAUUAUUCAAUUAGUCAAAAAAUUUUUAAAUUUAACUCAAGGGAAAUUGAAGCUAUAUUAGAAACUGAUAAUGAGAUACCGAAAAUUAUAAUCUCAUAUAAGAAGGAUACUGAUAAAUAUACUUAUAGUAAAGGAGAAAUUAAAACUAUAUUUGAAGAAGCUGAUAAAGAGAUACCAAAUAUUUCAACCUCAUAUAAGAAAGUUCCUGAUGCUAUAUAUACUAGCCGCGCAUUUACAUUUAGUAGUUUACCAAGACCUGUUAAUUCCAUUACUACUACUUCAUGUGUUCAAGGAGAUGAAGAAGUUUAUUGUCAUGAUUCUCAAUUAGUUGACUUAGAUGUUAAGAGGUAA